AUGCAAUAUUAUUUCCCUCCAGCUAUUAGAGUCGAGAGAGAGGCUGUAUUUUAUACUUUCAAACAAGAGAGUCUGCACGAAGACGAGUUCAUUGCUCGCUUUUUGGAACUAUCUAAAUAUAGCACUUACCUUCAGGAGCACCAUAAUCCAAAAUGGAUGUGUGAGCAAUUGCUGGAGAAAGCUAAGCCGGAAUUGAGAAUAGCAUUGGCACCACUUAAGAUAGAGGACUUUGAAAAGUUAUGCACUGAGUUGUGCAUCACUGCUAGAAGGAUGAGGGAAGAAGAAGCAGAAAAGAGGAAGGAAUCCCAAGACAAGUAUGCCUCUUUCAUGAGACCUAUUGGGGGUGUCAGUAAGAGGAACAGUUAUAGUACUGGAGGAUCAAGUAAGCGACCCCAACAACCUCCAAGGAGCCAGUUCAAUGGGCCUCCAAGAAACCAAUUCAAUGGACCUCCUAGGAAUCAGUACAGAAAGCCAGGCCAUGUUGCUAGAUUUUGUGAGACUGACUCAUCAGGAGCUCAUGAGAAUCGAAACAUUGUUUCAGGUAGGGUGUUUGCAAUGACCCAACAAGAGGCAAAUAGAGCACCAAAUCUCAUAAAAGGUACUCUCAAACUCCAAGGCUCUGAAAUUGAAGCUCUUUUUGAUUCAGGGGUAACCCAUUCAUUUGUAUCUGAUAAUUGUGUGAUGCGAUUGAAAUAG